GUUUUUUUACAGGUUGACACCAUCUUUAAGACAAGCAUGUAUAUGUAUCAGAUUAUUGUCUUGGUUCUUGCUAUUUUACAUAUUGGCUCAGCAGCUGAGUGCGCUACUAAUCAGUGUGGAGACAACGGCUUUUCAAUCAAUUGUAAACAAGGCUAUAAACCAGUCUAUGAAACAUGCACUUGCUGCAUUAAAUGUGAAAAAGUUUUAGGUCCAGGGCAAAGUUGCCAAGGAGCAAGACCACCUCAAAGUGAAAAUACGAUAUACGGAGUAACCUAUGAAAAUUUUAGCUAUCCCCAAUGUGGACAAGGUCUAUAUUGCAAUUCGUCUACCAACAAAUGUGAACCAAGAAACGGUUGAUUAAUCUACAUUGUUUCUAUUUGAUUUGGAUUUCUUAGAAUCCUACAAAUUUAAAAUUAUUCUUCCGUUGGUUGAAUUAAAUUAAUGUUUCAAAACCUC